UGAUGGAGUUUUCGAAAAAUCAUUAUGAACACAAAAUGACAAUAGUCAAUUGAUCUAUUAUUUUGUCUUUUUUUUUUGGUAAACAGUACUAUCAAUUUUUUUUUCGUUAGCAACAACUUAUCAUUCAUCACUUGUAUAUUAAGAUAACUCUAACUUCUUACAGUAGAGAUCAUGAUUUUUGAUUAAUUAAUUAAUGUUCCAACACAAUGAAGUGAAGAAAUCAAUACUUAAAAUUUUUUUUUAAAUUGAUUGAAAAUCAACCAUUUUAAGUUCAAAAACAUAAUGUCGAUCAUUGAAAAUAAUCAUCGAAAAGAAAAUUUCAGUGCCAAAGAUUUAUUAUCUAUUUGUUAUAAUUGUUUUUCGUCGAUUUCCGAUUGUCGAAAAUUUCAUAAAAUGAAAAUAUUUUCAAAUUCUUUUCUGUAUCGUAUAUUUAUUGGUGAUAAUAAUGACAUUGAUAACAAAAAGAAAAUGGAAACAAGAAUUAUUGAUCAUUCGAAUCGUCAAUCAAAAAUAUAUCAUUAUUCAUCUUCUUCAUUAUAUUUAUCAUCAAUCAACAUGGCUAAGCUCAAAAUAAUGUUAAUCAUUCUUGUCAUGAUGAUCUCAUCCUCGCCAUUUAGAACAGCUAUUUUAACUGUUACGGCAUCCGAAUCAAAAAGUGAUACAUUUAAUAUCGAUAAACUAUUGGAAUAUAAUGAACUUGUAUCAUGUUUCGGACAAAUGCACAAAGAAUUUGAACAAUGUAAUAAAAAAGGAGCUGAAAAAGCCAAAUCAUUUCUAGGACAAAUCGAAUUAUCACAGGAAUGGAAUCGACGAUUAAAAUGUUGUGGUACAUGGAAGCUACGUGAUUGUUGGAUGAAAGCAGCACGACAAAAAUGUACAAAAAUACAAGCAGAUAUGGUAUUCAAAUUACCUGAUCUGAUCAUGCCGGCAUUAGUUGAAGAAUGUCAAGAAUAUACGAUCGAAUCUGGUAAAUGUUCAUUACCGAUUAUGUGGAUUGUAGUCGUAAUCUGUGCGAUCUGUUUAAUCAUCGCAUCCUGUUGCUGUGGUAUAAUUUAUUGUAUACGACGAACUCUUAAUAAACAAAGAUAUCGUGCUAAUGGUAUUCCGCCAAUUGCUGAUCAAAGGGCAUAUACAAUGACAAUACAAAAAUCAACAUCAUAUCAAAAUGGAUUAGGUUCAACAACUAAAAUGAAUGGACUUAAUUCCUAUCGAAAUAAUCAUAAAAAUCACUCAGAUCAUAAUGGACAUUUGCAUUAUGAUAAACAAAAGCACUAUAAUCAUCAUAAUAAUUCUGCAAACAUAACCCAAAACCAUAAACCAAUCAAAGAAACAUUAGAUAAUGUUGAUUCUGAAGAAUUAAAAGUAUUGAAUCCACAGCCACCACCGCUUCCUCCAUUAAAUUCAAUCCAUGUUGAUAAAAAUCUGAAAUCUAUUGAAUCUGAUGAUGCCGAUAUCAAAGUUAAUUUAGUUUGAAAUCUAUGAUGAUAAAGACACAAACUGAAAGAUAAAUACAUUAAAUAUCAUCAAAAUGAACGAGAUAUUUGUACUUAUAAUUGUAUAUCUGAAACAUCUGAAUAGAUGA